AAAGCAGCAGAAAUCCUGUCCUGAGCAGAGCAUUCUAGCAGCUGACACGAUGAGGGGGGCACUGCUUGUGCUGGCAUUGCUGGUGAUCCAAGAGCUGGGCGUCAAGAUGGCGGAAACUUGCCCCAUUUUUUAUCACGUCUUUACUGCGGUGACCACUGGAAAUGAAUUAGUGUUGGACUUCUUACUCAUGGAAGUCAAUGCUACUGAACCAGAGAGAACAGCCAUGAAAAAAAUCCAGGAUUGCUACGUGGAGAACGGAUUCAUGUCCAAGGUCUUGGAUGGACUAGUCAUGGCAACCAUCAGCUCCAGCAAAGAUUGCAUGGGUGAAGCAACUCAGAACAUUGUAGAAGAUCUCAAGCUGAACACUUUGGGGAGAUGAAUCUUUGCCGCUGAUGCCCCUUCUGAGCCCCAUCCUCCUGCCCUGUUCUCCUUUACACCUAAAGCUGGAAUCCAGACACCUGUCCUCACCUAAUUCACUCAUAAUCAGGCAGACUAGAAUAAAAAAAACUGCAUCUUAGCACCCC